ACAUGACGAUGGCAGCAGGAGCAGCACCAGCAUCCCCGCUCUGCUGAAAUAGCCACUGGAGAAGGAAGGGAAGGAGAGUGGGGGAGAACAGGACACAGGGAAGAAAGAGAAAGGUAAAAGCAAGCAGAGCCUUGUAGCCCACCGUACUACUUCAUCAGCAUCAGGCUAGAAAAGUGGGGGGAGAUCCACCCCCUUGCGAGAGGAUUCGGAGACAAAGGAAGCUUCAUGUUCAAAGGACCAGUGGAGAACAAAAACGAAGCAGCCAUGUCUGAGCUGGUCCCAGAGCCACGACAAAAACCAGUUGUACCGAUGAAACCCAUGGGCAUCAACGCCAGCUUGCUGGGCUACAUCGGUAUUGACACCAUCAUUGAGCAGAUGCGCAAGAAAACCAUGAAGACAGGUUUCGACUUCAACAUCAUGGUUGUAGGUCAGAGCGGACUGGGAAAAUCAACGUUGGUGAACACCCUCUUCAAAUCCCAGGUGAGCCGCAAAUCUUCAGGCUGGAACCGUGAGGAGAAGAUCCCCAAGACAGUGGAGAUCAAAGCCAUCGGGCAUGUCAUUGAAGAAGGUGGUGUCAAAAUGAAGCUUACAGUUAUUGACACGCCAGGAUUUGGGGACCAGAUCAACAAUGAGAACUGCUGGGAGCCUAUUGAGAAAUACAUCAAUGAGCAAUAUGAAAAAUUUUUGAAAGAGGAGGUGAAUAUUGCAAGGAAGAAACGAAUUCCAGACACGCGAGUGCACUGCUGCCUCUACUUCAUCUCCCCUACAGGCCACUCCUUGCGGCCUUUGGACCUGGAGUUCAUGAAACAUCUCAGCAAGGUAGUGAACAUCAUCCCGGUUAUUGCCAAGGCUGACACCAUGACCUUGGAGGAAAAGACUGAAUUCAAACAAAGAGUGCGCAAAGAACUCGAAGUAAAUGGGAUCGAGUUUUAUCCCCAGAAAGAAUUUGAUGAGGACUUGGAGGAUAAAACAGAGAACGACAAAAUCAGGCAGGAAAGCAUGCCCUUUGCAGUAGUGGGUAGCGACAAGGAGUACCAAGUGAAUGGCAAAAGAGUCCUGGGCAGGAAAACACCUUGGGGAAUCAUUGAAGUGGAAAACCUCUCUCACUGUGAAUUUGCUCUACUUCGAGAUUUUGUCAUCAGGACCCACCUUCAGGACCUAAAAGAAGUGACCCACAACAUCCACUAUGAGACCUAUAGGGCCAAACGGCUGAAUGACAAUGGAGGGCUGCCCCCCAUGACUGUUGAGACAGAGGAAAACCAUGAAAGUAACCUGUGAAUGAUCCUCCUCCCCGCUAUCACCCAGUGUCUCUGGAUAUGACAUCCCACCCCUGCUCUCCUUGACUCUGCCAUGGACCUGUCUCUGAAGCAUGUGGCACAUCCUCCGUGGGCGUGAGAGGAUGCAAGUGUGAGUGUGUGCAGGCGUGCAUGUGCCCACCUGUGUGCCGGAGAGGGACCAAGGGCAUCUCCCCCACCCUUCCCAGAGUGUCCUCAUUCUCAGUUUGUUUUUUGCACAGUGGACUGUCCGUCAUCUUCCCUUCUCUCUUUUCUGUGUCUCAGCUGUGUGUCUUGCCUGGGGCAAAUAGGGUUGGGGGGGAGGAUUUCUGGGUGCAUGGAUAUUGGAGGUGGGAGGUAUGGGGCAUGCUGUGGUCCUGUUUUUAUCACUUGGAGACAUGGCAAGGAGAGACUCCAGGAGAGAUGGUGAAGCCAGUGCAUGCAGCGCUUCCAAGAGACGUCAGCAGAGAUUUCUCUUGGAUCUUCCAUGGGUGUAAAGGCAGCUGGUUGCUCUGAGGGCAUGGUGGCCUGGCAUUUUAUCCCCAUUUCUUGCUGUGGCUUCCCAAGGGGAAAUGGCACCUUGGAAGUGGAUAGGUAAGAGAAGACUGACAUGUUUUAUGGUUCAGAGCAAGUGAUUAGUGGGAGGAAACAAAUUAGUUCUUGGGCUGUAGCAUCUAUUUGAGAAGCAUCAAAGUACUUGGGGAAAAUAUAUGUAUUUUCAAAAAGAAGCAAAACCCAGAGGAAAAGAACAUGUGCCCAUUGCAGAGGGUGCAUUUGCCCUGCCCAGUGCUAAAGUCAAAAGCCAUGCUUGUGUCACAGGCAUUUGACUCUGUGCAGAUCAGACCAAGCUGUCCUGGGGUCACCUCACCUCCUGGGGUCACCCCAUCCCAUUGCUGCAAUCCCCCAUUGCAGUGGUCUCUCCACCAGCAGUGAGCACACUCCAGGCAACCUUACUCUGACCUUUACCCAACAUGGCCCCUGUGCUGUGAGAGUGCAGGAAAGACAGUGACACGGGGGAUCCCUGCUGGGAGCUCCCACAGGGACAGCUCCACUCGGCACAGGGCCUUGAGGAUCUUGAGAGGAGUGAGAAGAGCUAUGGAGUGAGAAGCACUGGGCCAGGGUGUCUCCCUGGGUCUUCACUGAUGGUGGAGACGCAAGAGAUACCUCUUCCUCAUUGAUAUGGCUGCACUUGUUAUUGCAGCAGUCUCAGGGCUGUUCUGUCCUCCUACUGUCCCGUGUCUUCCUCAACUCCUGUGCUUUUAUUCUCAUUCCCUUUUAGCCCUCCAUAGCUUUCUUCCUUCCUUUCUUUCCCUAUCUCACUUUCUCAGCUCUUUACCCUUUCUGUCUCUCCUUCAUUUCUCCAAGAACUUGAAUAUUCCUCUUCUCCAGGCUGUUUCCUCCCUCUCCCAAGCUCUCAUAUCUUCUUAAUAAUGUGCUUUUGUGCCCUGUUGAGGAGCUGUCAUUUUACCUUCCCCAGAGUAGAAAAAGGCACAGCUUUACUGAAGACUA